AAAGAAAAAAAAAGACACACUCUUCCAACAUGGCUGUUGCAUGCGUGAGUGUUUGUCUAGUUCAAUAUGAUGGAUAUUUUGACGUUUUUGUCGGGUGUAAUUAUGAUCUCUGUUAUAACUUAUUUAAUUAUAAACGUAAAUAAGUUUGUGAGGAAUAUAAAAUGUGUAAAAAAAGCGAAAAAAGUAUUAGUAGUCGUCGCUCAUCCGGAUGACGAAUGCAUGUUCUUCGCUCCGACUUUGAUAAAUCUUUGUAAAAGAGAAAAGUCAUCAGUUACGGAAGUCCAUUUGUUAUGUUUAUCAUCGGGUAAUUACUAUAGUCAAGGAAAAUUAAGAAAAAUUGAGCUAAGGAAAAGUUGCCAAAUGUUAGGAAUUCCAUUAAGUAACAUUACAGUAGUACAACAUACAUCAAUGCCUGAUGAUCCUAUGUGUUUAUGGAGAGAAGAUUUAGUUGGUAACAUUAUUCUUAAGUUUAUUGAAAGACUAUCCAUUGAUACAGUGUUUACAUUUGAUGAAAAAGGAAUUAGUGGACAUUUGAAUCAUAAAUCAUUAUACAAUGGUUUGAAUUAUUUACUUGAAGAAGGAUUAAUUCCCAGAGGGUGUAAAAUUUAUUUAUUAGAAACUGUCAAUAUUUUUCGAAAAUACAGCAUUAUUUUCGAUUUAAUUAUCAGUUUAAUUUGGUCAAAUCGGGCAUUUAUUUCUUCGCUUCAAGAAGUUAGACUUGCACAGAAUGCGAUGUCUUGUCACAUCAGUCAGUUAUUGUGGUUCCGUAAGCUGUAUAUGAUAUUUUCACGUUACAUAUUUAUAAAUACUUACAAAAAGUUAACUGAAUCUCAUUAUAGUUUUCACAAAGACAAAUAAGAACAAUCAAUGAUAUGUUUAUGCAAUAAUAAUAAUUAAAAUAAUUGUAUCAUAUUUCUAUGAUAUAGAUAUUUCAACAAAAUUAAUUAAAACAUUUCAAAUGUGAUAUGAUAAUUAAUAAAACAAAAUAUUUUGGUGGAAAAAUUUUUAUAUGUAAUUUGUUACAUGGCAAUUUAUUUUUUAUGAAUAAUAUAACUGAAAUGCAUACAAUUGCUAAGGAAAAAAUCAAAACUAAUAAUUAAAUAUUUCAGAAAUAUUUAUUUGUAUAUAAGCCAGCUACAUAUUUUAAACAAGUCUUUAAUCAUAUAUAUGUCAUAUGCCUUUUGUUUUAUUUAUAUAAAAAUUUUACCUAUAAUUGUGUUGAAUAUUAUGUCAAAAUUCUUUCUGAAAGUACAAUUUUUUUCAAACACAUAUUAACAAUUAUAUUAACAUAUAAUGUACAAAAAUGUUUGUACAAUUAGAUAAAAUGUUAGCCAUAACCUACAAAACAAAAAUAAUUCAUUCAUAUAUACUGUAUAUAUAUAUGAAGUUAGUUACUCUAGAAAAUAAUUUUAUUUAUAAUACUAAUAUUUAUUUUAAAAUAUUUAAUCAUUAUAAUAGUUAAUUAUAGUAUAUAUCAAAUAUACAUUUUAUCUUCACAUGCUCCAUUAGAAACUCUGAUUUUAAUUCCAUCAGGAUCCUCUAUUUCUUAUUUAUAGUUUAGGUAGAUCUUCAUUUGGUUAGUUUCAUUGUUUGCUGGGCAUAUUUAUAAUGGGUGAAAUUAUUGUUGAUAUAUUCACAUUGAACUAAAAGCCUUUCAAAUAAAUCUAAUCCAACUCAUUAUACCCUCCAUAUUAAAUUAUAUAACAAAAGAAAGCUCAAAUUAUUCUGAAUAUUGUUAUCACUUUAUGUAGAAAUUAUUAUAUAAUAUAAAAUGUUACUGUUAUCUUCAAACUGUAUGAAUAUGAAUUUACAUAUAACAAACAAAAAAUUCUUUUAGUUAAGUAAUAUUUCAGAUUAAGAUGAAAAAUUAAUUUUCUUAUAUGGAAAAUAAGAUAUAUGUAUACAAAAUAAAUGUGUUCAUUUUAUUUUCA